AUGGAACGCAACAGGGCAAAGAACCGUGAAGACCUAAAUUACUCAGAAGAUUCAGAAAGAUCCCGGCCACGCCGCCGGAGCAGCUCUAAGCAACAGUCUCCUAGUGAGUCCGAUUAUGACUAUCCAAGUCUGCCUGACGAACCCAACCGCAUGGCAUCCUUUAAUAUCCUUGCUAACUGUGCCGCCAAGGAGCUCAAACUCCUCUCCACCCACAAUGCCGACCUGCUGGAAAAAGAGAACGUCGAGUCAGUCGAAGCCACCUACUCCGACCUAGAGGACGAACUCAAUGUCGAAUUUCCCAUGGUCUAUGUGGGCGGCAAGAAAGUCUUCAAAUGUACUUUCCAUGGCUGCAAAAAGGUCUUCCCAUCGCUUAGUCGAAUGCGCCGGCAUUACAUUAUCCACACAGGCGUUAAACCCUUCAAAUGUCUUAACUCUGAAUGUCCUAAGUCUUUCUCACGUCGCGACAAUAUGAUCCAGCACUACAAAGGCCAUUGUUUGUUCUCCAAGAAAUCACAAAGCUCUGACUCCAAUGAGUAG